GCACUGGGCGUUUCUUUGUGGAAGGCUCGCGUCCCAGACAGAGAAAGAACAAGAAUGAGACAUUGAAACAGGCAGAAAGUCUCCGUCUAGAAUUUCAAGAUCAAAUUAAGGCUGGCUGCAAAGCAGUUUCUAUCCCGAAGUGAUCUUGUAAAGUGCCAACCUCAGUGUGAGCACAUUUGCACCAACGCAACGAAGCUUGAGCUCUAAGGCGGUACAUUGAAGUGAAGGGGUGGAGCGUCAUGAGCCUUCUGGCACACUAACUGAAGGAACCAGAGUAGCAGGUCUGAUCAGGGAACGCCGGCCACCCAUGGUAUAAAUCCUGGAGAGAGACACCUUGGACUGGGGGUGACAGAGGAGAGGAAAGGAGACUGAACCUACCCUCUACCCUUCCCUUGCCUGCUGCUGCAGUGUGGCAGUGCUAUUUUCAUUCUCACUCUGAUAUUCCACACCCAGGCAGGAACCAUGCCGGCCCUGUCCACCGGAUCUGGAAAUUACUCGGGUCUGCAUGAGCUGCUGUGUGCCCUGCCCUCCCAGCUGCAGCCCCAUGUCCACAGCCAGGACGACAGCACCUUUCUACACAACAUGUUCGGAGAGAGGAGCCUCCACUCGCUGGUCAAGAUCCAUGAGAGACUGCAGCACUAUGAGGAGCAUAGUCCUGCCCCCAUCCUGGACAGUGCUGGCUCCCUGGCCGCUGACCUGUCUGAGGAAUUGCAGGGUAAAAGUGCCAGUGAAGAGAUCAGCGAGCUACUCAAUCUACUGGCUAAACCCCACGUCAAGAGUCUUCUGUCUGUCCAUGACACGGUGGCCCAGAAGAGUUACGACCCCGAGCUGCCUCCGCUGCCCGAUGACAUCGAUGAUGACGAGGUCUCAGUGAAGAUCAUACGGCUGGUCAAGAACAAGGAGCCUCUCGGAGCUACAAUAAAGCGUGAUGAGCACACAGGAGCCAUCCUUAUCGCCAGGAUCAUGAGAGGUGGAGCAGCAGACAGAAGUGGUCUGAUCCAUGUAGGCGACGUGCUGAGGGAAGUGAACGGGGUUCCUGUGGAUGACAAGAAGCCAGAUGAAAUCAUCCACAUUCUGGAGGUUUGCUCUGCGUCGUCCCGCCGCCAGUGUUCUUCAGCCCCAGAAGAUCUCCAACAGAAGAUCAUCUGGUUUUCGCCGGAGUUUCCGCCUCAGCAGGCGAGACAAGAAGACCAACAAGUCCAUGUAUGAGUGUAAGAAGAGUGAGCAGUACGACAUGGCUGACGUGGCCACCUACGAGGAGGUGACUCCCCACCGCAGGCAGAGCGGGGCCAAGCACAGGCUGGUGGUCCUCGUCGGUCCCACAGGGGUAGGUCUGAAUGAGCUGAAAAGGAAACUGCUGAUCUCUGACCCCCAACACUUCAGUGUGACCGUGCCACACACCAGCAGGCCGAAGAGGAACCAGGAGAAUGAAGGGGUGGAGUAUCACUUUAUCUCCAAAAAUAUAUUUGAGACGGACAUUCACAACAACAAGUUCAUAGAGCAUGGUGAGUAUAAAGGGAACUACUAUGGCACCAGUCUGGACUCUGUGCGUUCGGUCCUGUCCAAGAACAAGGUGUGUCUACUGGACGUUCAGCCUCAUACGAUAAAGCACCUGAGGACAGCAGAGUUUAAACCUUAUGUGGUGUUCGUGAAGCCGCCGCCCGUCGAGCGCCUGCGGGAGAGCAGACGGAACGCAAAGAUCAUCCCAGGCAAGGACGACAAGGGAUCUGCCAAAUCAUUCUCCGAAGAGGACUUCCUGGAGAUGGUGAGCACCGCCCAGCAGAUGGAAAGCCAGCACGGCCACCUGUUUGAGAAGAUCAUUGUCAACGACGACCUGACGGCGGCAUUCACCGAGCUGAAGGUGGCUCUGAAGAAGGUGGAGACUGACACGCACUGGGUCCCCAUCAGCUGGACUCACUCCUGAGAGCCACAGAGAAAGAGUGAAAUACUGUUUGGAGAAAGAAGGAUAUAAAAAGGGGAGGGCUUUUUAAUGAAGUUGGUUCUGUGUCCACUGCGUAGGUGGUGGGUGCUGUCGGGUUUAGGAUGGAUCGUAACACAGCUGGACAGCAGAGUGGGCUGACUUGAUGUGUGUCACAAAUGGCACCCUAUUCCCUAUAUAGUGCACUGCUUUGUGAAAGUACUUUCCAAAUAGGGAGUAGAGUGCCAUUUGGGACGAAACCUGUGUCUCAGUCUGGGUCUUCCUCUGGGCCCUGUCUAGCUCAGUCAACAUGCAACACGCUGGACAUCUGAGGGUGGGGUUGGUCUGAUCUGGUUCUAGACCGCUGCACUGUCUUCUCAUCAGAUCGGUGUGACUGCCCAUCAGUGCUGUGCCAGAACGUACUGUAACUUCGGACUCCUUCCUUAGUGUGUUUUUAACAUUAGUUCAUAGAAACCUAAGGGAUUUGUAUUGUUCUGUGGAUGGUGGGUGGUUUGUAUAUUAAUGCAGAAUGGGGGAACAGAUGAAAAUGUUUUUUUGCCUUCAAGUCUUAAACUCAGCUUGGGUCCGAAACUGUACCCUAUUCCCUAUGUAGUGCACUUGUUUUGACCAGGGCCCGUAGGGGAUAGGGUGCCAUUUCAGACACCGCCUCAAACUCAGAUGAACGUUUCCCUUGUGAUUUCUAACGCUUCCAUAGUCUGCUACACCAAGGUAUCAAAGCAAAAACAUGGCAGGGUCAGGACACUCAAAAAACACCAACAACAGGUGUCAUUUUAUUUAAGAUAAAUUAAUAUAUUUGAAUAUUUUUCUGCAGUUUUACAUACCUUUUUUAUAUAUAACAUAUCUAUAGCAUCAUCUGUAAGGAAGCAUCAUGACACUGUAAGCUACAACCUGAGGUGAUUUCUGAUGUUACUUUGACGUUGGAUGUUUUUUCAGUCAGUGUUAUGUCGUCGCACCUCAGAUUCCCAAGGUCCUACUUACACCGCGUGUAUUUUAAAUGGCAAGCUAUUCUGUGUACUGUGCACUACUGUUGACCAGAGCCCAAUGAGCCCUGGUUAAAAGGAAAUAGGGUGCCAUUUGGGACACAGCCUAGGUGUUUUCUCAUUUUAUUUUAGGGGCUUUUUUAAAAUGUAAAGCCCUCCACCCUGCUCUACUCAUGAUUCUGCCCAGGCAGCAUAACAGUUUGCUAUUUCACCCAGCAGACGUUGUAAGUCAAAUGUUCUCAAUCUAGUAUAAUUAGGGUGGAGUUAGCGUUAUUUUACCCUCAUAAAACAGGCCUAAAACAAGGAACCUAAUAGAGGGGUCCAUGGCGCUAGUAGAUUUACAACAGACAGAAACACAAAGUAGCUGAUUUUAACUUAGCAAGGUUCAGGUUAUGUAGAGAAUGGUUAGAGGCGCUAGUUAUUUAGGAUUCGCUAGGAUUCCUCCACCCCUCUCCCUCUAACCCUCCUGUCUAUCCCUCUACCAUGUUCCUCCUAUACAGUAUGCUGGCUGUAUCCCAGGGUUAUGUGUCUAGACUAGAGCCUGUCUUCGAUUGUUUGAUGAGAGAAUAUUUGUGUAUACCAUAUCUAGGGUUGCGAAAUUGCUGGGUGCAGUGACCUCAGUGCCCCUAUGUUCUCUCUCUGUCUCUAUCCGUGAUUUCACACUCUCACAUCACCAAUCAUGUGGCGUUAGUUCGUUAGCUCUGUGUUGAGCUAAGGUCAUCAUGAGUCAUGACGAUGCACCCGAGCGAUCUCUCUGUCUGUCUGGUGUCUCUUCUCUUUUACAGCAGGUUUCCCUCUAUCCCUCGCUUCCUUUAUCCCAGUGUUUUUGUUCAUUUCAAAUGUUCUUAGUAUACACCUGUUCUGUAUUUUUCUGAUUAUCAGGAGAUGGUGUAUCUAUUAUCUAAGCCACUACAAUACCAUAUUUAUCUACACUACAGGUUUAACCCUCUAGUUUCCUCAUUCUUAUAUUUCAUGUUUAAAUGAUGUUAGGUUCAUAUUUACCCUCCAGCCAGCCGUAUCAGAGUUCUGUCUGUGCAGAUAUUGUCCUUCUGACUGUACAUUCAAUUACUGUGAGGCAAAUUGUGUGAUUUCACUUUUUUCUUUUUAUUUGUACAUUUUAUAUAAAAAUAUUAAACCAAAUGUGUAUUUCUCUAAGAUGCUCAUAACCAGUA